CCCCUCCUCCUUCACCUACCAGCUCACCAGCGUCGUCUCCCAGGCAGCCAGUCACCUCAGCAAGCCGAACAGAAACACCAAGUGUGACGCUGUCGUGUUCUCUGCUCAAAAACGACUAGGUUGAGGGGGAAAAAACGAGACACAAGACUCCGCUUUCUCCAUCAAGACUGAAUUUGCUCGCUAUAUUUGAAGCUCCUUGGACCAGCUUUUUAAAGUGUUUCUCUCCCGGAUCAGAGUUCGUCACUGCGGACAGACACGAUGGGCUGCUGCAGCGGCCGGUGCACGCUCAUUUUUAUUUGUACCUUACAGUUGGUUUUGGCUCUAGAACGGCAGGUCUUUGACUUCCUGGGUUACCAGUGGGCGCCCAUCCUAGCCAACUUUUUCCACAUCAUCAUUGUCAUCCUCGGCCUCUUUGGCACCAUCCAGUACCGACCGCGCUACGUUGUGGUGUAUGCAGUUUGGGUGGCUCUCUGGGUGGCCUGGAAUGUCUUCAUCAUCUGCUUUUACCUGGAUGUAGGAGGCUUGUCCAAGGACAGUGACCUGCUGACGUUUAAUAUCUCAGCCCAUCACUCGUGGUGGAGCGAGCAUGGGCCAGGCUGUGUAAGGAGAGAGAUGCCACAAUCUGAAGGGGUCUUCACCACUGAAAGCCACUCCUACAUCACUGUCAUGGGCUGCCUCAUGGACUACCAGUACAUUGAGGUCAUGCAUAGUGGAACUCAGAUCCUGGCAGCUCUCCUCGGCUUUGUGUACGCCUGCUAUGUUGUCAGCGCCAUGACUGAAGAAGAGGACAGCUUUGAUUUUAUUGGUGGAUUUGAGCCAUUCCCACUCUACCAUGUCAAUGAGAAACCAUCUCAUCUUCUCCUAAAGCAGGUGUCCCUGUCUACGUAAAUAGAAGAUCAAUCAUCUCUUGAUGCUGACAUUGUUUGUCAACUUGCCACAAUUACGGGACAUUGUGCCGGACUUUUCCCUCCUGCUCUCACUUUACUGUUUUUAAGUACAUGGCACUCACUGGUGGGCUGCAUGAAAAAAAAAAAACACCUCUGUUUGAUUGUCUUCUUCUUUAUUAGUCUCUUUUCAAGCAACUUUGGGGAUUUUUUAUUAUUUUUUAUUGUAUCUGUGCAGAGGUGCUGUGGCUUUCCAAUCAACUGUAAAGAACAUCACCUAAGUUGUUCUGAGUUUCUAAUGGCUCAGCAUUCCCGAUGUGUGGCACUGUGUUUUAGAGCUGAAGUCAUUUUGCAUGUCCACUGCUGCUUUGGUUCACAUUCUGGCCGGAAGGGCUGAAUCCCAGUGGAAUGAACACACCAUUGUGCCCUGCCUGUUUACCUCAGGCCAGGGUCUUUGGGACAAACGUACUGUACCAGAAAAGGAAGCUGAUCUACAGGGUCACACAUCAAAAAUAGACAAUGUGAAUAAAGCAAUGAUGGCAGGAAAAUGAAUUUAGUUAAAUGUGAGAUAUGAAGAAUGCAAAAGUCAUGGCAUGCACAUUUUAGAUAUUUGAUUAGUGAAGUCUUACGUUUCUGAUUAUUUUCACCCAAAGACAAGUCGCCAUCAGUGAAGUAUCAAGUGUUUGUGUUUGGAAAAAGCGCUGGUAGCUGAAUGUGAGAUUGUAACACAAUUUCAAUCUAUUAUGAGGUCGAUUUCAACAAACAUUAGGAACUGAAGUGCAGUCAGGUGCAUCAAUAUUGGGACGAGUUAACGGCGUAAGAAUGACAGCAGUUCGUAUAUGUGCCUCCAACAAUCUAAGGGACCAAAACUCAUGGGACACCUGGCUGCUGAAAUUUGCAUAUAUAAACAUCCUCAAAUUCAAAAUGGCAGUCUGCAGUUAAAGCACAUAUUGUUUAUUUCAUUUCAAAUCCACUGUGGUGGAUUUUAGAGCAGCCAAAAGGGUGACAAUUGUGUCCAUGUCCCAGUAUUUAUGGACCGGACAAUAUGUGUCUAUAAAAAUAACAAUGGAACUCGUCGACUGGCUACAUAUUAUCUGAUUUAUUUUCUUGUAAUGUUUCUAUUAAGGUAUUUCAUACUUGAAAAGCACUUAACUGCCCAUAGCCAAUGUGCUUCAAGUCACUUAGUGAGAGACAAAUCCACUGUUGCCUUACUGCCCUCUAGUGGUUACUGCGUUCAUGCGCAAGAGCAGAAGGAUUUACUCGACCCCCCGCCCCCCCCCCCCCCCCUCCAAGUCCAGCAUUACAUUGUUGAACAAGAAAUGUUUUAUUCAGCGGUUUAUGUCCACUUGCUUUUAUCAUUCAAAGUUUUGUUUCUCUGGACCUCUUGAAAUGUUUUUGCGUUCUACUUUAGCGCAUGAAGUGGCUUCGGGAUCAAAAAGAGUUGCGAACAAAGACGCUUUCCUUGUUUUUGUUCUAUUCGCAGACCUUUGUGUUGUUUCCAGGAAGCUGAAAAUAGCUCUUAUCAGAUUGCUGUAAUAUUCUCACUGCCGGGUGUUCACAAAAUAACCCAGCCCAGUGCUGCUUUUUGACCAUACAAUGAACUGCAUUGAGUGUGAUGCAAAUGCAAAUAUGUCUUUAUUUAUGUGCAGUUACACACACUGUAUUUCCCAACUUUUUUUUUUUUUAGCUAUUUACAUUAGCAAAAUAUUGGCACUCCACGAAACAUGUUAGAAAAAGUCAAAAUACCGAAAUAAUGAUGACAUGAUCUUCCACCGUAUGUUGCUGGCAAAUGUAUGUAAUUGAUAAAUCAUUUGAAGACAAAUGAGGUCAAAUGGGACAGUUUGCCAUCGCACUCUGGUUAAGAAUCAAUACUGUAAUGUGUGUGCGUGUGCGCAUGCGUCUCUUUGUGUCAUAAUCAGUAUUAAAAAAAUUGAUAGUAAAUCUUCCAUUUUACUCUUGUUGUAAUAUAACUUCUUAAAACUGUUCCAUGUACUGAAGAGAUAACACAUCCUUGUUAAUAUUUAUAUAGACAUUGUUUUCUAUUUUCUCUUUCAAUUUGUCCCCAAACCUAAUGCGAUCCGUCCAUUUUCCAUAUAUAUUCUUUGUGAUCAUGUAAAUAAUAUUAAAACAAAUGAUUCUCUUUCA